UAUAACAACAGCCCCACUGAUGAUGACAUGUUUGCACUUCGCUCCAAGUGUUCAGCUCUCUCUGCUGUCCGUCUCUCUCCUCCGAGCGCAGUCGCCACAGCAACGACACAGCUCACACACAGACACACAGAGUACAUGCAGGUGUUGCCGUGGUAACACACAGAAACACAAUGGAUGCUGUCAGGAGGCAGAUUGACGAACGAGCGACUGAUUAGUCACCGCUCUAAAUCUGUGAGAUAAGGAGCGUUGACGUCAGUGGACAGAAGCUGAACUGAGGAAUGCUGGAUUCAUACAUGAGCAUUCAGGUCAGGUUUCCAAAGCAGCAGGUGGACUCAAACUCCCAGCAUGCCUGAGCAGAGUAACGACUACCGGGUGGUGGUGUUUGGAGCCGGGGGUGUGGGGAAGAGCUCGCUGGUCCUCCGGUUUGUUAAAGGCACGUUCAGAGACACCUACAUCCCGACAGUGGAGGACACGUACCGCCAGGUGAUCAGCUGUGAUAAGAGUGUCUGCACGCUGCAGAUCACUGACACAACAGGAAGUCACCAGUUUCCCGCCAUGCAGCGCCUCUCUAUUUCCAAAGGCCAUGCCUUCAUCCUGGUUUACUCCAUCACCAGUCGCCAGUCACUGGAGGAGCUCAAACCCAUCUACCAACAGGUCCUGGCCAUCAAAGGCACCGUAGAGGCGAUCCCCAUUAUGCUCGUGGGCAACAAAAGUGACGAGAUGGCCCAGCGUGAGCUGGAGACGAAGGAGGGCCAGGCUCAAGCCAACGCCUGGAAGUGUGCCUUCAUGGAGACGUCGGCCAAGACGAACACCAACGUGAAGGAGCUGUUCCAGGAGCUGCUGUCUCUGGAGAAGAAGAGGGACAUGAGCCUGAGCAUCGACGGGAAACGCUCGGGGAAACAGAAACGAGCCGACAAGCUGAAGGGGAAGUGCAGCAUCAUGUAGAGCGAGAGAACUGAAAAAAUAUGAAUGUGGAAACGGACACGAGAGGAAGGAGGGGGAGAGAAAGUCUGAUAAACUCCCAAAGAGACCCCUCGUCCUGUCUGUCCUUAGUUCUGCAUCUCAUGGAAGACGUCUUCUUCUUUGAUGGAUCUCGUCUUCUGUCCGUCUGAACACAGAAGCUGAGAGGAACAAAGCUGACAGAUGUUUAGAAAUUAAAACUUUACAGCAGGGUACCGGGCUCCUCCCUCUCUGAACUGGAAUGUGUCUGUAGCCCCAAAAAGUUUACACAGCAGACUAACUGCUGCCUCUAUGAACCGUCACACUCACAUCACGAUAAAGGAAUAUUCCACUGAUUUUUAUCCUGAGCCUCAAUGGGACACUUAAAGAAAUCAGGACAGUAAGGAGUAAAUCUGGUUUCGUUCAGCACUUCUUAUCAUAUGCAGAAUUCAUGUUCGCAAAUCAGGGUUCUCACUGGUCUGAAACAAAGACUCAAACCUGGCCAGUUUGGCGUCUCAAAGACCCACUCAGAUUCAACGUGCCAUAUAUGAGAUCUAGACCCAACAACAAAGCUCUAUAUGUGCUUUAUGUCUAAGGCUAAUGUUAUAUAUUUGGCACACUGUUAUUUAUUUUCUGUCUGCUUUCCCUAAACAUGAUGACGUGACUUAGCAAAGUCCCAAAAGAAUGUUGUAUUGUGAAUAAUGAAUAUAUGUAUUAGGGAUUGGUACGAAUUGACGGCAUUGACCCCAUUAUUCGAGUAGCAUUUGGUUACUCGUGCACCUGGCAACAUAACUUGAACUCAUACAGCGUUACAUGUGUGACCGUGUUCUUUUUGUUUUCGCCUAACUGAAUAUACUGGGUAGGAAAAAAAUUAACAGAAUAUAAACGUAUGACUUCUCCGGCCACGGCUUCAGCUUUAGUACACACCGAGCCAGUUCAGCAAAGACAACUGUUUUAAGGCAGCUACGGCAACUCUAUAGAAACAUAUUAUUCCGCCAAAAGCAAAAGUACAACAAAUACAGAACCAGCUGCGACACCUUCGACAUGUCAGUUAAAAAAAGUGAUGUCUGGAAGUACCUAAAAAAAAAUGAUGAAGUUAAUGUGCAACAGUAUAGCAACAGAAUAAGUGUGAAAGGUAAAUUCUAAAAUCCAAAGUUAAUAUAGAAACAUUUGUUGUAAAUGACCUCCCUGGAUUGUGGCCCAUAUAUCGAGAAACACUGCUGUACACUUUUAAGCUUUGGGUGAGUCGCCUUCAUGUAGUUUGGCUAGUGCUGCCAAGUGGAAGAGGAGAGUACUAAUUGAACGUAGUGAUAUCUCUACAUUGUCACGUCACCUUUCAGGUCCAAAAGAUUUAAAUAGAACCCUGAAACACCUACAGGUCAGCAUGGAAAAUACAGUGAAGUAUUCCUUUAAUGAGGCAGGGACAUUUCCAUCAUGAUUGUUGUUGAUUGAUUGUCUCCAUGCCGGUUGUUACUCUUCACAUGAUGUUCAGUUCUGUUUCCUGUGGUCAUUAGACAAACACCUACACACAGGCCAGCAGUCUGUUAGCACCGUGUUUCAGCUGCUCCCCCGUCGACAGGUGUGUUUGAUGAUCCAACAGAUCGUUUCAUGCUACUGCAUCAGGAAACUUUAAAAAGGCCUUGAUGGUUUCCACAAGCACAAACAGGCCUCACUCUCUUUUUCCAUCUCUCACUUGACACGACAUCCGUUAGCAUAAAACACGUAGCUGCUAAUGAACCAGCGGUGGAAACAUGCAGCUGCUCAAACUGUAAAUAUAAUUUUAGGGUUCAGACCAGGUUUUUUUUUAAUGUUACUAAUCAACUCUUAUUUAUCUCAAAUCCAGAUACAGACCAUAAUGAGCCUAGCUUAGCACAAAAACCAGUGGCAGGAGGACACCGCUAGCUUAGCUCCUGACAAGUCAACCUCAACGCUACACCUUUUUCUGAUUCAUAUAUUGAAUUUCAUUAGCUAACAAGCUGGCCACCGUCCUAUAGGCGGAAUUAGAACACAUUUCAAACCUGACGACAACCUGGAAUGUUUCUGUUUUGGUGCAACUGUGGGUUUUGUGUACUGAAGAUUAGCAUUAAAGCCUUACCUGAAUGUUUACCUUUCUUAUAGAGGAACUGAAACUUCAAGUCUUAAAAGCACUCACACCUUCUGUAAAUUCCAUUAAAGUUGGAUUUAAGUAUUUUUCUUA